GGCGCGUCGGCGGCGGCCGCCGGCAACACGCUGGCCGCGCCCUCCGUCUUCGUCACGAGCAACUCCACCGUCGUGGUCGCCCAGGAGGGCGGCACCGCCACGCUGCCCUGCGUCCUGCGCAAGUUCGCCUCCGGCGUUGUGUCGUGGAUACGACGCAAGGACUACCACCUGCUCACCGUGGGGCUGGCGACGUACAGCAGCGACGAUCGAUUCCUGGUGGUGCACGCGCGGCAUCUGCAAAGCUGGGGCCUGCAGAUAAAAUUUGUGCAGCCACGUGAUGCCGGAUGGUACGAGUGCCAAGUUUCUACGCAUCCACCAACGAGUAUUUUUGUGGAGCUUAAAGUAACAGAGGCGGUGGCGGAGAUUGCCGGAGCUCCGGACCUGCAUCUGCGCAGUGGCAGCGAGCUGCGGCUGAUCUGCAAGUUGAGGCGGGCCACGGAGGCGCCGGUGUUCGUCUUCUGGUACCACGACGACCGCAUGAUCAACUACGACGAGGACCGCGGCGUGGCUGUGAGCAAGGGGCGCGGCGGCAGCCAGCUGCUCAUCCCGAGGGCGGAGCGCACGGACUCCGGCAACUACACGUGCGCGCCCUCCAACGCGAGGGCCGCCAGCAUCACCGUGCACGUGCUCGAAGCAGAGAAGCCGGCACCGAUGCAGCAGGACACGCGCAAGGCGUCGGCGUCGGCGGCGGCCGCGGCCCCGUGGCCGGCGUCGGCGGUCUUCCUGACGCUGCAGCAGCUGCUGCUGCUGUUGAUGACGCUGACCCCGGCGUCGUGGAGCUGA